UGCAUUGUGGGAGUUGACAAUGUAAACAGCGGUGUCUUGACAGGCUUAAGCUAACAGGUUUAGCUUACAACGCCUAUCUUAAACGCACAGGCCAGGGGAAAGUUCGAUUCACAGCCGUUUUGUUUUUAUAUUAAAAACAAAUGCCACACCCCUUUCUUCUCGGAACAACAUAGCGAAGAGGAGUGGCCAAAGACUGGAACCAAAAUGGCUUCGACGGGGCGUCAGUUUCCUACAUGGCAGUGAUUCGCCUAAACAGCAGCUAGCGGGCUAACGAUCAGAGGGGAAGGAGACGCCGUGACAGUUGAAUAUGGCUGGACUUGAGCAGCAGCAAGGAGAGCAGGGCAUUGAGGCGAAAAUUGAGGAGACGAGAGAGAGGUUCAAGAACGAAUUCCUCCAAGAUUCAGCAGACAAAUAUGACUCAAGAGAUGUGGACAGACUGCACAAGGACAAUUCCAUGGUGGAAGGCUACCUGAUGUGGCGGCUUUACGUUGUGGACGAUGCCUUGAAAAUGAUAGAUGAGAGUUUUCAAUGGAGAAAGGAAUAUGGCGUGAAUGACGUCACUGAGAGCAGCAUUCCCAAGUGGAUGUUUGAGACCGGCGCGGUCUACCUCCAUGGAUACGACAAAGAGGGCAACAAGCUCUUCUGGUUUAAAGUGAAGCUACACGUCAAGGAUUCGAAAACCAUCAUAGACAAGAAGAAGUAUGUGGCUUUCUGGCUGGAACGAUACGUCAAGAAGGAACCUGGGAUGCCCCUGACGGUUGUGUUUGACAUGUCAGAGUCUGGCCUCAGCAAUAUAGACAUGGACUUUGUCAAGUAUGUUGUAAAUUGCUUCAAAGUAUAUUAUCCUAAGUUGCUAUCCAAGAUGAUCAUCGUGGAGAUGCCGUGGAUCAUGAACGCGGCAUGGAAGAUCGUGAAGUCCUGGUUGGGGCCGGAGGCCAUCAGCAAGCUCAAGUUCGCAUCCAGAUCGGAAAUCCAGUCAUUUAUCGACGCAGAGUACCUGCCCCCUCACAUGGGUGGAAUGGAUCCGUUCAGGUACAGCUACCCUCCUCUCCCCGACGACGACUUCCAGACGCCCAUCAGCGACAACGGACCCAUCGUCAGCGAGGACGAGAUUGAGAGCAAGGAGGGCGAGCUAGAGAGCAAAGAUGGCCUCGAGUCCAGCUUCAACUCAACCGAGGUUGCCGUCAAGCCCAAAAAGGUGAAUUUCAUCGAGGACCAUUUGAGGACAGAGGACAACGAGAAAGCAGAGAGCCGAACCAAAGGGGUCAGGAAACCUUUGACCACGUUUAAAGGUGUCCUGUUGGACAUCAGCCCUGCAGAGGAGCUGAGUUUUGGUUCUGGAGACACUGAGAAGAAAAGCCUCGUUAUCCUGAGCAAUGUGACCAAAAACCCCCUGGCCUUUAAGGUCCGGACCACGGCGCCUGAGAAGUAUAGAGUGAAGCCCAGCAGUAGCACAUGUGAACCCGGCGGCUCGAUCGAUAUAGUGGUGUCCUUGCAUGGAGGUUCUCAGGCGUCCCCCCAGGAUCGGUUCUUGGUGAUGGCUGCUGAGAUGGACAAUGCAGGAUCUCAAGAACUGGCGCAAUUUUGGAAAGAAUUACCAAAGGCUAAGAUUAUGGAGCACAGGUUGCGCUGCCAUGUUGUGGAGAGCGCUAAACCAGCAGUGAGCUCUCUGAAGGACGGUGCAGCCGAGACUGGAAGCAGCAAGGACAUAAACACAGCGCACGUUCCAAAGAUAGGCCCCAAGGCUCAAGAUGACCACUUACUCAUGCGAUUGAUGGCCAGCAACUCCAGGCUGGAGCAAAACGUCAACACGUGUCUGUGGGUCCAGAAGGUUCUUGUUGGCUUGGUUUUGAGUCUAGUCAUGCUGAACCUGUACUGCAUCCAUUUGCUGGCUACGUCGCAGCAGCCAUCUUGACCUGACGCCCUGCAAAGAAGAAGAGUCUGCCACCUGAGGGGACAUUGCCCCUCCCUUUGUCUCUCUGUUGCCAUGGCGAGAGGAGUAGCUCCAAAUUAUGGGGGUAUGACACUUUUAACAGCCUCACAGCAUUUUUUUAUGCUGAGCAUUAUUAUAAAAAAAUAUUUAUUGCAAAAUAAUGUGUAGGAGAGGUUUAUUUUUGUGAGCAUAUCGUACAAUAUUUUAUAAGAUAUUCUACUGCAGAUAUUAAAAUAAAAUUGUCAGAAAAACAAAUUUUGUUCAGGCGCUCUCUUGAAGAAGAAGCACAUUCAGCCGCCUGUGUCUAAUUGAAAACACGGUUAUGUUGGAGCCGAAGCUCUCCACACCGAGAGCGAGGAGCCACAGGAGAUCUCUGUGUCUCCAUUUCUUUUAAUUAGCUAACACCGGCCCACUAAAUAUACACAAGUAAUUAGUACACACGCACACACACACACACACACACUUCCUUGUAGCCUAUUGACUAUCCACGAUAUCUAUAACAAGAUCCAAGCAAUCAGGACACGAGGAGCGAUCACAGUUUGGUUUAUAAGCAUGUAGUGCGGUGUUGUGCUAUCCAAACACGCUCCAGUGAUGAUUGCAAUGAUUCAGGCAAUAAUGACAAACUGAUGCAAUGUUGAUUACAAGGUUGUUGGGGGACCUGUGUUGUCUAACCUACUUUAGUCUAACCUACUUUAGUUUCAACUCUUCAGAUGGUUCUUUUGUUUCACGGCAUUCUUCCAACUUUUCUGCACGUAACACCUGCUUCGGGUGCGUUUUAGACCAUUUGGGUGGUAAAUAUCUUCGAAAGUUAGUAGAGGUUGGUUCUCUAGAGAGUAAGUGUGCGCUAAGUGCACAUUGCGUGCAACACCAACGAGAUGAAGGUGGAGCGGAGCGGGAGUGACACCGUCAUUUUUCCCCAGACGCAUUUAUCACCACAUGAUAUGUUCCUACAUCACUAAUUCUACACUUUGUCAUUCUCCGGGCAGCUCUAGGAGCCACAAGCUACUCAAUUAAAUUGAUUUUACAUCACAUCAAAACAUGCUUCAAUGUUAGGUUGACCUCCAGCCCACAUGCAGUCUGUGAAGACGUGCUCAUUUAGUCCAAACUGGGAAAGGGGAUCAAUACAAAAUGAAUGAGUGCAGUGCUGGAGUGGAUGAAAUGUUGUUUUUGAAGAAAGAUGAAGUACUUUAUACCCCCCCCCAUUUUUAGAGGUCUCUAAAAAUGUUAAAAGCCGUAUUUUGAAGGUUUUUUAUGCUCUUAACUACGCAAAUGUUGGUUUUAUAAAGAAGGAAUCCUACUUUGCGAAGAUUCACUUAUCACUGUUGGGUUUGGAACCAAUUACAGUAACCGCAAUAAGUGAGGAAUUACUCUGUAAAGACUAUAUUCUAAUGUAGUAAAAAUUGUGUACCUCUUAUAAACAUAAAAAUGCUGGCUUUUACAGGCGGUGUGAAAAGUGGUGUUAGCCCUGUUUUCCCCAAGGCACCAUACCCUGUCCCAUGCUUCCUUAGAAGGGUCACUAAAAAACUACCUGAAGGCUGUAAUUGAACCGGUAUUUAUCCGCUUGUGCCGUUUAUACAGAAUAGCGACCUGAAAGAAGGCAGAAACAUCCUGACUUUUUACUGGCAGUGUGAAAGGUAGGUUUGGCUUUGGUAUUCCUCAAGGCACCCUACCCGGUCCCCUGAAGUAUCACUCACAAAACUGCCUCAGAGCUGUAACAGUAGAGCUGACAUUUGUUUGCUUGUGCUUUUUAUACAGAACCCAGUGAAGUGGGAUAUUGCAGCAAGUGCGUGCUCUUUCACACAGUGACACAGCAUCAAGGCACAAUAUUUGGGGGGUGACUUGUUCCAACCAUUCUGUGUCUGUGCCAUUUAUGAAAAACAGUGAGGGCUUUUAUAGGCAGUGUAAAAGCGGCUAUCGAGAGCUGUUUCUAAUAGUCUGAUGACCUUGUUUAGUGACAUGUAUAUAAUAAAAACAAUAGUAGCUAUUGUUGCGACCACUGUGUAGUCAUUGAAGACCUUAAAAACACAAAACAGCAGUAAUGUUGCAACCAGUUCAUUUUAUAUUUGGUGGGGAUAAAAAUUAAAUAAAAUAUAUCCAAUCA